AUGUCCGCAACUUUACUGUUACCCUCUCGUGUCUUUUUAUUAACUAGGCCUUCGUUGAAAAGAACACAUAUGUGGAUACGCAGUUACUCUAGAAAGACCGACAGUAUCUUGGACGUUUUUCGAAUUAGAAUUGACCUAAUCGAUGUUAAUCAUAUUCCAAAUGCGUCCAACCUUAAUACAAAAAUUCUUAAUUUUCAAAGUGAUGUACAUGAGGCCAUAUUAAAGUUUCAGUGCGAUGUAGCAGAAGAAAGAUUCAAUUUGUUAGAAAAGAAGGAAGGAGAAAAACUCGAUUUGCUAAAAAGAAAAGAAGCAGAAAAAUUGAAUAUGUUAGAAUGUAUGAAAGAAGAAAAAUCAAGACUCUGGAAAGAAAAGGAAUCCGAAAAGGUUAAGAUCCAGCAAGAAAAAGAUGUUGAAGUGAUGAACCUUAAGAUGGAAAUCACGAAAUUAAAGGUCUUAAUGGCAGCGCAUGGAGUCAAAGACCUUGCCUAA